AUGCCGCGCGCGGGUGACUCCCACAAUGCGCCUGGGCUCGCACACAAUGCUGCAGCUGGCGGACCUCCCGCCGCCCCUCCCUUCCCCCCCCCUUUCCCCCUCCCUUCCCCAUGCACAUUGAAAUCAACCAACCAAUCAUGCGAGCAGGUGACCCCCAUUAUGCGCCUGGGCGCGCACACAACGCUGCAGCUGGCGGACCUCCCCCCACCCCCGCGCACCUGGCGCGCGGAUUGGCUGGACGCGCAAACGGCAUGCAUCAUGGACGGGGAGCAGGGGGGAAGGGGGCGGAAGGAGGAGGAGUAUUUUGAAGGGGAGGGGGAGGAGAGGGGGCGGAAGGAGGAGUAUAUUGAAGGGGAGGGGGAGGAGAGGGGGCGGAAGGAGGAGGAGUAUAUUGAAGGGGAGGGGGAGGAGAGGGGGCGGAAGGAGGACGAGCAGUGUGAAGGGGAGCAGGGGGAAAGGCGGGCGGGGAGGGGAAGCGGUCAGUUGGUGGUGUCGGGCGGAUGGAAGGCAGGGGGCAGGGGCAGAGGGAAGUGGCCGUUUUGGGCUGUUCUGUAUUGGCCGCACCGGUGGGCGCUGUUGCUGCUCGCAGUGAUGUUUCUCGGGGAGUCGAUGCUGCAUGUCGUCAAGGCCGUGCUUCUGUAUCGCAUAAUCGCCUUCCUGGAAGCGUGUGACAGCAGUAGCAGCAGUGACGGCAGCAGCUGUGUGGAAGGGCAGUGCGGGUCCAUUGAAGGGUAUCUCACGGCAGCAGGGCUGGGCGCACUGGCCGUGGCGCUGGCCGUGGUGACCCAGCACCUGUGCUACCGCGCAUACGUCUCCCCUCCCCCUUCCGACCCCUCCACCAGGUCACCUACCUGGAAGGCCCAAGCUCCCAGCCUCUGCCACCCAAACUCGGCCAAACUGCUUUUGCUUAUUUUCGCCCAUCCCCCCACCCUUCCCCCAACUGUUCUCCCCACACCGGUCUUCCUCCCCUUCCCUCCCACACGUUCCAUCUCCUUCUCUUCCCCUGCAGUGCACCGCCACCUCCUCACACUCACCGCCAGCGCGCUGAGCCACGUCAGCAGUGGGCACUGUAUCAACCUGCUGUCCAAUGACGUGCGCCGAUUGGACGACCUGGUGUUCUGCAGCCAGGCGCUCUGGGUGCUUGUGUUGGUCACGUGGCUGGUAGCGAGGGAGAUUGGAUGGGUGCCCACCAUCGCUGGCAUUGCCACUCAACUGCUGCUUCUUCCGCUACAGGUUCGUCCUCUGAAACUUGGCUAUGGUAGAGCUUGUGGUUGUCACGUGGCUGAUAUUGAGGGAUAUCGAUCGGAUGGGUGCCCACCAUCGCUGGCAUUGGCACGCAUCUGCUGCUGCUUCCGCUCCAGCUGCUUCCUUUCUCCCACAUGCACGCUGCUCUCUCCCUCCCAAACAACCGAGCAAUACCAGCUGGCAUGUGGGAAGUGGAGGGUGUGGCUGCGGGCAAAAACUGCGGAGGCCACUGAUGCACGCGUCAAGCACACAGAAGAGGUGGGCGGUUGGGGAGGAGGGAGAGGGAAAGAGUGGGGAUGGGGGAGGGGACGAGGAGGGUUGGAUGGGGGAGGGGAGGAGAGGGGUUGGGUGAGGGAGGGGAGGAGAGGGGUUGGCCUGCAGUGGACAGCCGCCCUCAACGCCAUGAUGGCUGCACUCUACUUCUCAUUCACCUCUGUGGUUGCUUUUGAGUCGUCUAUUAAUCCCCUCCAUCCUCCCGUUCCCCUCCUUUCUACCAGCCUGCAGUGGACAGCCGCCCUCAACGCCGUGACGGCUGCACUCUACUUCUCAUUCACCUCCGUGGUUGCUUUUGAGUCGUCUAUUAAUCCCCUCCAUCCUCCCUUUCCCCUCCCGUCUACCAGCCUGCAGUGGACAGCCGCCCUCAACGCCGUGACGGCUGCGCUCUACUUCUCAUUCACCUCCGUGGUCGCCCUCGUCACCUUCGCCACCUUCACGUGCCUCGGAGGUCAACUCACCGCAGCCUCUGUGUUCUACGUGCUUACUCUCCUCGAGGUGCGCUGCACCUCUCCUUGCUUUUAUGCACCUUGA